AAUAAAAUAAUUUUUAUUAAUUCAUAUAUCUUAUCUAGAAAAUGUAAAUGGUGUUUUAACAAUAUCUCUAGGACAAACCAAAAGAUAUCGAGAACCAGUCUCUGGAUCUAUAGAAAUUUCUUAUCUAGACGCCAAACCAUAUAUUCUUGAACUUAAUGGUGAAGAUAUAAUGAAAGUUCCGAAUGUGAUAAUUUGUAGGCUUGAUCAAAAAAACUUCAUUUGUGAAAGAGAAAAAGGAUAUACCACAAAAACCACGUCAGAAUUGGAAAUGAUUAUAAAAGAUUACCUAAACGAUACAGUAGAUCACUACCUAAUAACCCCAGAUUUGGUGAUUGGAAUAAGAUCGGGAAAUGAAACCCUUACCAUUAACAUAGAACAAGGAGAAGAGCCUAGAGUUAAAAAUAUAACAGGAAUCAUGUUUAAUUCAAAUUAUCUGGAUGGUUUCGUUAUAAUAACCUUGGGAAAAACUGAAAUAUUCCGUGGUCCAGUAUCGUGGUAUAUCGCAAUGAUAUCUAGUAAAGAUGCUCAACCGUGUCUCAUACAGCAUAAUGCUAUGGAAACCAAUAAGACAGUAAUAAAUGAAGAUUCUAACUAUCAAAAUGAAAGUAUCAUAAUUUGCAAAAGAUCUAAACCUUAUAAUUCAAACAAUAAUACUUGUAAAACGGAAAAUGGAGCUAUUAUAAUUACAUCAGGAAAUAUUGCAACGGUUAAAGAGCACUUCAAAAAUACUAAUAUAUUAAUCCAAGAUCAAAAUUUAUUGAUUGGAAUAAAAUCGCGAAAUCCUAGCGUCUUUAACAUUGAACAAAAAUAUAGAUUAACGGUAAAGGAGUCUACUAAACCUGGCAGAUCUAAUGGAACAAUUUAUACCAAGGAAUUAAGAAAUGUAAAUGGUUCUCUAACAAUAUCUAUAGGGAACAAAACGUUUCGCGAGCAAAUCUUGGAAUUUCUCCAUAUAAGCAGCAAUGAUAAAGAAGCGAAAUAUCUUGUACAGCAGAAUGGUGUGGAUAUGAAUGAUCUAAUUAGAGAUAUAAUAAUUUGUAAAAGGGAUUCAGUCAAUAUCACUUGCAAAACAGAAAACGAUACUAUAACUGUCAUCGAAGAAAAUAUUUGGAAUACUUUUAAUGAAUACUUAAAUUACCUGGAGUAUUACAUCAAAAGUUCAAAUUUGUGGAUAGGAAUAAGAUUGGUAAAGGGAAAUCUCACUCUUAAUUUAGUACAAGAUUUGAAACUCAAUGUAUCUGAAAGAAUUUUUGAUUAUACUGAAGAGGGAGGCUCAAUUGAGAUAGACAAAGGAUGGAUAUCGGUAAAUGGAACCUUAAUAUUAACUUUCGACAACAAAACGAUCAGUGAACAUGUCACUGGAAAUCUUACAAUUAAAUCACUUAAAGAGACUCAAAAAAAUUAUGUUCUACAACAUAACGGAGUCGAUGUUAAUAAACUCCAAGAAGAAUAACCUUUAUUGAAAACAAAUUUACUUAUUAUGAUUAUAAUUAGGAAAAGAUUUGAUUUAUAUUCAUUUAUUUUGUGGUGUGUUUAUAACUUUAUUUUGUUUGGUAGUAAACUUUAUUUUGUUUGGGGAGUUAACUUAAAAUUGUUUUGGGGUUUAAAUAUAUUAAUUUGAUUAUUAUAUCCAAUAGACGCCUAAAUUGUAAUUAAUUAUG